CCGCUGGCGCAGCCCCUGCUGCCGCCCGUGAUGCCGCCGCUGGUGCAGCCGCCCGUGUCCCAGCACGUCCUGCCGCCCGUGACGCCGCCGCCCUUCUCCGCCGGGCUCCUGGCCGCCAUCAGCCAGCACGAGCAGAAGCAGCGCGACUCCGGCAGCGGCUCCGGCAGCGCCUCCGGGAGGUCCGGAGGGGGCCCCAAAGGCUUCCACGCCGAGGGGCCCAUCAAGUCCCCGUUCGGGGUGGUGAAGGCGUCCUGGCUGCCCGUGUUCUCCGACACCCAGAAGAGCAAACGCCUGCCCACCCCGUCCAUGAUGAACGACUACUAUGCGACGUCGCCGCGAAUAUUCCCACAUUUGUGUUCUCUGUGUAACCUUGAAUGCACUCAGAUGAAGCGGGUUUCAAACAACACCACAACAAACCCUUGGCAGUGGAGGGAAACAUUAACGUCAUCAGGGGGACUGAAAUCACGUCGCAGGGUGGGGAGACGUUCAUGUGUUCACUCUCCCUGCUCCAAACUCUGCCUUCAAACAAACCAGCCCAUUUAGAACCCGAAAUUUCCUCUUCCAGACGUGCUCUGUGUGAAUGUUCCAGGGGCUGGAGCCUGGCUCGGGGGGGACACACAAAAUGCCUCCAUUCAUCCGGCCCAGCUUCCAGCUCUGAAGGGAGCCACAGUCCAGCCUUGAAGGGAGAAUAAAAGGGAAAACUGAUGGAUACUGGGAGAUAAAAAACAUCCUGGAAGCUGUGGCUUUUCCUGGAAAGCCCAGCGUUUGAUAUAUCAAAAAUAAGGCAGAGGGUAAC